AUGAGUGAUGUAAACAAGAAGCAUGGAACAGUUAAGCAACGUCAAACGACGUUAAACUCUUUCACAAAACGUAAAUCAGAAGUCAUUGAAGAGUCGGGGAAUUGUAGCUCAACUACUUCACUUGACCAGAUGGUUCCUUCUGAAAGCAAUUCUCACUCAACUCAAUCGAAAUCACACGGAAAAGUGAAAUUCAAUUUUGAUUUCACUAGUGAUCCCUUGCUGCAAGCAAUGCAACGAAAGGUGACAAACAAUGAGAAGAGAUCUGAUGAAUCUGAGGAAGAUUUUUCUGUUGGAAGGAAAAGGGACAAGGGUAUACAAAGCAACUCUCCUUCACAGAAAACUUCUUUGAAGAAAAAGAAAUUGAAUAAUCAUGAUCAACCGCAUCAUCCAGCCUCCUUUUCUGACUUCAAGACCGCGAGUGGUCGUCCAGUUGAUAAAGAAGUUCGAAAUGUCACCAGUUCUGAGGUCAAUACGAGUAGCCAGAAAGGUCGUGAUCGCGAGCAACGAUAUCUUGGGAGCAGGAUUAUGACUGUGACUUCACAGGAGUUCUUCGUGCAACAUCGGAAAUUGUUUACAGCGGACGCCAUUGUUUUUCUAAUCAUGCCAACCUUUCUUUUGGUAUUCUACGUCGUCGUUUUGCGAUGCUUCAUUAGUGACAGAAUGUGGAUGAAACUCACUGCUUAUCGACUCAUGGUGCAAAUUGGAAUACUCGACUGCAUUGAACUUAUCGCUCACUUCUUUUCUGGUAUCAUUGAAUUUCAGUACGUGCAAAACAAUGGAUUCAUGAGCGACAAUUACAAAAUUAUUUCAAAGGUGAUAGGAGGGUUACUGAAUGGAGCAUGGUAUCUGUUGGCAAUUGUGAAGCUUAUACUAGCCUUUGAUCGUUUCGUAUCAAUGGCUAAGCCACAUUGGAACGAAAUAGUUUUAUCGUGGAAUAAAGUCACGGUUGAGCGUACUUUCUGUUGGUCGAGCAUCGAAGGGCGACUCACAAAACAGGUCUAUUUUUUCGUCACAAAAUCUGCAAUUCCACAAGUAAAAACUCCAACGAUGUGUGCCCAUAUCGAAAAUUUAUCAUCCGUGCCCUAUGGAAGAAGUCUUGGAGGAUUCGAAUUGGCAGGAAUGAACUGA